AUGGGGGCUCGUUGCUCUAAAUUCUCUUUCUGUUGGUUCCACUCUCACCUCAAUCCUUCUGUUCUUGAUUCCUCGGACCAAGAAAAUGGUGGCAAGAGUGAAAAGAACUUGUGGCCUAGUUUUAGUGAGUACAGUUUGGAAGAAUUGAAGGCUGCUACAGAUGGAUUCUCCUCAGACAACAUAGUCUCUGAGCAUGGUGAGAAAGCUCCAAAUGUUGUUUACAAAGGGAAGCUUGAGAAUGGACAGUUUAUCGCCAUCAAACGUUUCAACAAGUUCGCUUGGCCCGAUUCUCGCCAAUUCAUUGAAGAAUCUAAACAAGUGGGAAGCCUUAGAAGUGAACGUUUGGCGAAUUUGAUCGGUUGUUGCUAUGAAGGGGAUGAGAGGCUACUGGUGGCUGAGUUUAUGCCACAUGAAACUCUGGCUAAGCAUCUCUUUCAUUGGGAGGCACAGCCUAUGAAAUGGGCAAUGAGAUUGAGGGUAGCCUACUAUUUAGCUCAAGCUCUUGAGUAUUGCACAAGUAAAGGAAGGGGUUUGUAUCAUGAUCUCAAUGCCUAUAGGGUCUUGUUUGAUCAGGAUGGCAAUCCCAGGUUAUCUUGCUUUGGACUCAUGAAGAACAGCAGAGAUGGCAAGAGUUACAGUACAAACUUGGCUUUCACGCCUCCCGAGUACUUAAGGACAGGUAGAGUGACAGCAGAGAGUGUGGUUUACAGUUUUGGAACUCUGUUGCUUGAUCUCUUGAGUGGUAAACAUAUUCCACCAAGCCAUGCACUUGAUCUGAUACGCGGAAAAAACUAUUUGAUGUUGAUGGACUCUGCAUUAGAGGGUCACUUUUCAAAGGACGAUGGAACUGAGUUGGUUCGUUUGGCUUCUCGUUGUUUACAAUAUGAAGCUCGCGAGAGACCAAAUGCAAAGUCUCUUGUUGAAACUCUUAUGUCUCUUCAAAAAGAAAUAGAGGUUCCAUCACAUGUUCUGAUGGGUCUCCAGCAUGAAACAGCAACAUCAACAAAACCAUUGUCAUUGACAUCAUUUGGUGAAUCAUGUUUGAGAUUGGAUCUUACUGCCAUACAUGCAAUAUUAGAGAAAACUGGCUACAAGGAUGAUGAAGGAAUUGCCAAUGAGCUUUCCUUUCAGUUGUGGACUAGCCAAAUGCAAGAGACCUUGAAUUUGAAGAAGCAUGGAGAUGCUGCUUUUAGAGCUAAGGACUUCGUCACCGCCAUUGACUGCUACACACAAUUCAUAGAUGGAGGGACCAUGGUGUCACCUACAGUGUAUGCAAGGCGCUGCUUGUCAUAUUUGAUGAAUGACAUGCCACAGGAAGCUCUAGGGGAUGCCAUGCAAGCUCAAGUGGUGUCUCCCGAGUGGCCUACUGCUUUGUAUCUUCAAGCAACUUGCCUUUUUAGCCUUGGAAUGGAAAAUGAUGCACAGGAGACUCUCAAGGACGGGACUAACAUGGAAGCUAAAAAGCAUAAAAACUGA